CUGUGUUCCUUUACUGCCAGCAUCACGCAUGUUGCUUCUCCUCAGAAAGAUACUGGAAAAUGCUUGUGUUGAAUAAGAAUCUCAGUAGCUUGCACAGUGUUGCUGAAUGAGUUCAGAUGGGCAGACUUUGAAUGGCCUGUCGGCCUUUCUAAUAGAGUGAUUCAGGCUAAUCGAGUCUUAUGUUUCCUGAACACAACUAGUUAUUCACAGGUGGUCAGGAAGGCACUUUCUUUUGGUGUCCUGUGCACUGUGCAGCACUACUUAACUGUGUUGUGUAAGAUGGGAAGAAAAAAGUUCAUAUUCUUCUGAGCAGCAAGUGGUGGCGGUGGCCGUUUGGACCAGUGGGCAGGCCCUGUCUUAAUUCUGUGGGGGAUCUGCUCAAAUAAUCAUACGCUCAGACUGCAAAUACAGAAAAAAGCCCCUAAUUUCUCUCUUCCCUGCUGUGUUGAAUCCCAUGUAACUUUGGGAGGAAGGAGAAUUGCCUCAUCACCUCUGAGCGUAAUACUUGGCCAGAACUUUCUCCUGCUUGGAACCAGCCGCAGUCUUCUCUGGUUGCAAACUCCUUUCCAUUGCCUUCCCAGACCAGGGGGUGGCAGUUGUUUUCCCUUUACUAAUGGGAGUGGUUCAUUCCUGUCCCUUACCUGUCUUCUGUUUUCUUCCUAUGCGGGGGGCGGUCGGACACAGUGCGCCCUGGAGAUGCGAGACUUCCCCUCAGCAGCAGGAGGCACGCAUCCGGAGAAUGUUGGAGCGGCAGGAGGGAAGUGCCCCGCGCAAAAGCAGAGAGGAACAAAAAAGAAAAAGGCAAGCAGACGGACAGCACUGAGAGGCGCGUGUGGCAGAAAGUGCUGCAAAGCUGCCCGUGGCAGCCGGCUCCCCAGAGGAACUUGACGAGAGCCCAUCUGUGUGUGUGACUGUGCUCAGGACUUCUGUCAAUGCAUUCCAGUAACCCCAAAGUGAGGAACUCCCCGUCAGGAAACGCACAGAGUAGCCCCAAAUCAAAGCAGGAGGUGAUGGUCCGUCCCCCCACAGUGAUGUCCCCAUCUGGCAACCCCCAGCUGGAUUCCAAAUUUUCCAACCAGGGCAAGCAGGGGGGCUCGACUAGCCAGUCCCAGCCCUCUCCCUGUGACCCUAAAAGUGGAGGUCACCCCCCCAAAGUGCUCCCUGGCCCAGGGGGAAGUAUGGGGCUGAAGAAUGGGGCUGGAAAUGGCGCCAAGGGGAAGGGGAAGAGAGAGAGGAGCAUUUCAGCAGAUUCCUUCGAACAGAGAGAUGCUGGCACUCCGAACGACGAUUCUGAAAUCAAAGACUGCAACUCCGCUGACCAUGUGAAGUCCCAGGAUUCCCAGCAUACACCACACUCUAUGACUCCUUCAAAUGCUUCAGCCCCAAGGUCUUCCACCCCUUCCCAUGGUCUGACUGCCACUUCAGAGCCAGCUAGUGGGCAGAAGACUCCAUCCAAAGUGGUUUAUGUCUUUUCUACAGAGAUGGCCAAUAAGGCUGCAGAAGCUGUGUUGAAGGGACAGGCAGAAACCAUCGUAUCCUUUCAUAUCCAAAACAUCUCAAACAGCAAAGCAGAGAGAAACACUGUACCCCUGAACACCCCAGUCACGGCACUUCGGAACGAAACCAAGCCCCAGCCCCAGCCCCAGCCUCAACCUGCUGCCCCACAGGACCAGAAUCCUCCCCAGAAUGCCAAGAUACAGCCGACCCCACCUGCUUUGGCACCAGCAUCCAAAUCCACUGCCCCCUCGUCAUGCCCCAUUGAUCAGGACAGCCCUGGAGUAGAAAGCAAAGUAAUGUCUGUGGGCAGCCCUACUAACUCUACCCCAUUGCAGACUGAGGGAUUUGGGCAGAGUUCAACCCCCAAUAAUCGAGCAGUCAGCCCAGUCUCCCAGGGGAGCAACAGCUCUGCUGCUGAACCCAAAGGUCCUACCCAGCAGGUAUCUGGUGGGGACCCAUCCAGCUUGGGUGAGAAUCCAGAUGGACUGUCUCAAGAGCAGUUAGAACAUCGAGAGCGCUCGCUGCAGACUCUGAGAGAUAUACAGCGUAUGCUUUUCCCCGAUGAGAAGGAAUUCACUGGAGGGCCAAGUGGGGGGCCUCCUCAAAAUCCAGGGGUGCUGGAUGGUCCCCAGAAGAAACCUGAAGGGCCAGUUCAGGCCAUGAUGGCUCAGUCCCAAAGUUUAGGCAAAGGGCCUGGGCCUCGGACAGAUGGAGGGGCUCCAUUUGGCCCUCAAGGACACAGGGAGAUGCCCUUCUCACCGGAUGACCUGGGGCCACCACCCAUGAACUCCCAGUCUGGACCAAUUGGACCAGACCACCUGGAUCACAUGACACCUGAGCAAGUGGCUUGGCUAAAGCUGCAGCAGGAGUUUUAUGAGGAGAAAAGGAGGAAGCAGGAGCAGGUGGUUGUGCAGCAGUGUUCCCUGCAGGACAUGAUGGUCCACCAGCAUGGACCUCGAGGGGUGGUGCGAGGUCCCCCUCCUCCUUACCAGAUAACCCCUGGGGAGGGCUGGGGACCUGGAGGUCCAGAGCCCUUUGCUGAGGGUAUGAAUAUAUCUCAUUCUCUGCCCCCUAGGGGCAUGGCCCCUCACCCUAACAUGCCUGGAAGCCAGAUGCGCCUGCCUGGGUUUGCAGGAAUGAUCAGUCCCGAUGUGGAAGGCCCCAAUGUCCCCAACCCCACAUCCAGACCUGGGCUUUCAGGAGUCAGUUGGCCAGAAGAUGUGCCAAAAAUCCCCGAUGGCCGAAACUUUCCUCCAGGCCAGGGUGUUUUCAGCGGCCCUGGCCGAGGGGAGAGAUUCCCAAAUCCCCAGGGCCUGCCAGAGGAGAUCUAUCAGCAGCAGUUGGCAGAGAAACAACUGGGCCUUCCUCCUGGCUUGAACAUGGAAGGCAUUAGACCUGGCAUGGAGAUGAAUCGGAUGAUUCCUGCACAGAGACACAUGGAGCCUGGGAAUAACCCCAUUUUUCCUCGCAUGCCAGUUGAAGGGCCUAUGAGCCCCUCCAGGGGGGACUUCCCAAAAGGGAUUCCUCCUCAGAUGGGCCCUGGUAGGGAGCUGGAGUUUGGAAUGGGCCCUGGCAGCAUGAAAGGGGACAUGAAUAUGAAUGUUAACAUGGGCUCCAACCCACCCAUGGUACCUCAGAAGAUGAGGGAGGCUGGAGUGGGGCCAGAGGAGAUGAUGAAACUGCGUCCGGGUGUCUCGGAGAUGCUCCCCUCUCAACAGAAAAUGAUGCCCUUGCCAUUUGGAGAGCAUCCCCAACAGGAGUAUGGCAUGGGUCCCAGGCCUUUCCUUCCCAUGUCUCAGGGCCCAGGAGUUGGCCUUCGAAAUCUCAGAGAGCAGAUGGGACCUGACCAAAGGACUAACAACCGGCUCAGUCACAUGCCGCCACUACCUCUCAACCCCACCAGUAACCCUAAUAGCCUCAACACAGCUCCCCCAACUCAGCGCAGCCUAGGACGCAAGCCCUUGGAUAUCUCUGCAGCCAGUCAGGUGCAUUCACCUGGCAUCAACCCUCUAAAGUCUCCUACCAUGCGCCAGGUUCAGUCUCCCAUGAUGGGUUCUCCCUCGGGGAACCUCAAGUCGCCUCAGACUCCAUCCCAACUGGCGGGAAUGCUUGCAGGCCCAACGGCAGCAGCAGCUGCUGCUUCUAUUAAGUCUCCCCCUGUUCUGGGAUCUGCUGCUGCUUCACCUGUCCACCUCAAGUCUCCGUCCCUUCCUGCACCUUCUCCGGGUUGGAGUUCUUCUCCAAAGCCCCCACUGCAAAGCCCUGGGAUCCCCCCAAACCACAAAGCAUCUCUCACCAUGUCGUCCCCAGCCAUGCUGGGCAAUGUGGAGUCAGGUGGUCCACCUCCUUCCACUGUCAGCCAGUCUGCUCCUGUGACACUCCCUGGAAAUCUUCCCUCUAGCAGCCCCUAUACAAUGCCUCCCGAACCCACCCUCUCCCAGAAUCCCCUCUCUAUCAUGAUGUCCAGGAUGUCCAAGUUUGCCAUGCCCAGCUCUACACCGCUUUACCACGAUGCCAUCAAGACUGUGGCCAGUUCAGAUGAUGACUCCCCUCCAGCACGUUCCCCAAACUUGCCAUCGAUGAACAAUGUACCAGGAAUGGGCAUUAACUCUCAGAAUCCUCGAAUUUCAGGUCCGAACUCAGUGGGUUCAAUGCCAACCCUUAGCCCAAUGGGAAUGACCCAACCUCUUUCCCAUAAUAAUCAGAUGCCCUCUCCAAAUGCAAUGGGACCCAAUAUACCUCCUCAUGGGGUCCCUGUGGGACCUGGCUUGAUGUCACACAAUCCGAUGAUGGGGCACAGUUCCCAAGAUCCUCCAAUGGUACCUCAAGGACGCCUGGGCUUCCCGCAGGGGUUUCCUUCAGUACAGUCCCCUCCACAGCAGGUGCCAUUCCCACACAAUGGCCCCAGUGGAGGGCAAGGCAACUUCCCAGCUGGAAUGGGCUUCCACGGAGAAGGACCUCUUGGGCGUCCCACCAACCUGCCCCAAAGUUCAACGGAUCCAGCACUUUGCAAGACAGGAGGCCCUGGUGGUCCAGACUCCUUCACGGUUCUUGGAAACAACAUGCCUUCGGUUUUCACUGAUCCAGAGCUGCAGGAGGUGAUCCGCCCUGGAGCCACUGGAAUACCAGAGUUUGACCUGUCCCGGAUUAUUCCAUCAGAGAAGCCUAGCCAGACACUGCAGUAUUUCCCUCGCGGGGAAGGUCCAGGUCGCAAGCAGCCUCAGGGCCCCGGGCCUGGAUUCUCGCACAUGCAGGGAAUGAUAGGAGAGCAGACUCCAAGAAUGGGACUAACAUUACCUGGCAUGGGAGGUCCGGGGCCAGUGGGAACUUCUGACAUCCCCCUUGGAACAUCUCCGUCCAUGCCAGGCCAUAACCCAAUGAGACCUCCUGCCUUUCUACAGCAAGGGAUGAUGGGACCUCAUCAUCGGAUGAUGUCACCAGCACAAACGGCAAUGCCUGGCCAGCCCACACUUAUGAGUAAUCCAGUGGCUGCAGUGGGCAUGAUUCCAGGCAAGGACCGAGCCCCUGCUGGGUUAUAUAGUCAUCCAGGCCCUGUAGGCUCACCCGGCAUGAUGAUGUCAAUGCAGGGCAUGAUGGGACCCCAACAGAACAUCAUGAUUCCCCCCCAGAUGAGACCCCGAGGUAUGGCUGCUGAUGUUGGAAUGGGAGGAUUUAGCCAAGGCCCUGGAAAUCCAGGGAACAUGAUGUUUUAAGCUGCUACCCUAAGACUGGAUGUUCACAUCCUUGUCAAGAUGAGAUUCCACGUCCUGAGGGCUUUCUUGGGAGCUUCAGGAGUACAGUUUGGCCAUGCAAUAGGUGAAAAGAGACCAGAGGACACUUUGGGGAAAUUUCGAAUGUAUGGAAUUACCUGAAAAAAAAAAUCAUUUUAACAGGUUGUUUUUUUUUUAAGAUUUAUUUUUUAAAAAUUAUUUUUGUGGACUUGGGUAUCCCGUGAUGGCACCUGCUUUGAGAAUCUGUAGCUGUAUUUUGAGAAUUGCCAUUUGUCACAAGUUGCACCAUUCUCUGUAUGUUUACGUCCUUUGGACUGGCUUCUCCCAGGACUCUUGGUUAUUUUUUGGGGUUUUUUUUGUGUACUGUACUAUAUUGUAAAAGGGAUUUUAGCAGAGACUUUAGUCUUUGGGGUGAGAGGAGAAUGGGAUUCUAGGCUGUUUACUUUAGGUGGAGAAUCCAUCUUCAGAACUUCGGACUAUUUUCCUUCAACUCCAAUGUAUAGAAAACCAAACUACGACCUCAGAGCAGAGUAUUAAUGAAAAGCACAAAAAGGAACUUAAGUUCAGUGAGGGGAAUCUUUUAAGAGAAAUAAAUAAUAAGUUAAGGACAUAUUUUUCAAAUUAUGGAGUGCUGUCCAGCACCUUCUGUCUCUCCCUCCCACUCCUUAUUAAAUAGGCUUCUCUCUCCGUCCCCUUCUGUCUCCUCCUAUGGCAGCUGCAAUACAUUGUGUUAUUUUGGGGAGUAAAUCUAGGAGAGCCUCUCCUUGUGGGCAGUUUUCCCACUUUCAGGAAGGGGCUGGACUUGGACGCUGUUACAUCCCACAGUAGUCUCUCUCACUGUUUCCUAUUCUCCUUUUCUUAGAAACCCCAAGUGAUUUUAUUAAUGUGGGAGUGGAACAGACACUAAAAGUUAUCCAGGAUUUUUUUUUUUUUUGUGGUUAUUUUUUUUUCCUCCCCAGCGUAAAACGUUCUGUGUAACCUCCAUUAAAUUUGGUACAAAACCACUCGCCAGGGCUGUGGUGUCAGAAAAAUAAAAUAUAUUGUUUCUUACAAAAAUGAACUGUCUUUUUUAUCCAAUCCAGCAGUGUCCUGUGUACUUCAGGUGACUGGCCAUCUUGUUGCUUGUUCCUCUUUAUGACUGCAAUCAUGCUUGAGGUUAGAUGGGACUUGCUUUUGUAGGUUUUUGGAGCUGCUUUGUAGGUGACUGUGCCCCCCUCUCAAGUCACUUCCGCUGUACACUUCCCCCUGGACUGAGUAGAACUUGUUUUUCUUGGAGUUUAGCCCUUCCUUCAAAGGGGCAGAUCCUAGAGAUGCUGUCCACAGCCUCCUUCAGCAUUUGAGGGCCUUCUGGGACAGUGGUUCUUGUUGCAAUCCAAGGCAGCUAUCUCCAAUCUGUCGCAACAGUAUGAAGGCAUGACACUGGCAGUUUCUCUGUCUUCACUGCCAACCUUUCUAACUGAAGCACAAUACAUGGUUUCUUUGUCACGCUAAGUGGUCCUGAGUGAGUUGAGGUCUCUGACUUAUGGGUUAGAGGCUGAGGUAAAGGGGGAACAAGUGAGCUUAAAUGACAAAGGUAAUAGAUAAAUCCUCAGUGAACAGAUUUUUUAUCUAGACAACCCUGCUGGGUAAAUUGUUGCCAUGCUGCUGUUUCAUUGAUCGCUCCUUAAUCCGCUGUCUGUUUUGUCAAACCUCCUGAGAAUUUCAACAAUCAGUUUACAGUUGCAUGCAUGGGUGGGGUGGUGGGGGGGGAAGACUAGGUACUAAAAUACUGAUUAUGAGUUUGGAUUCAUUCACAGAGCUCUGGAGACUGAGAAGUGUUGUGCAGAGGACCUUAAAGAUACAAUGUUGUUCUGUGGCUCUUUGCUUGAAACAUGGUGUUUUGUGUCUGCUCCUUCAACAUGGCUAGUUCAGUAACAGUUUUAAUUUGUUCCUUCUUCCUGCUACCAUUGUGUCAAAACUAUUUCAAUAAGUAGUUAAGGGUUAGUUUGUCAAAACUUGUAAUUUGCUGUGGAGGACAAAUGGCUUUUGACUUGUUAACCAAAUUUCUUGAAAGUUAAGUGACUUUUAAUGUGCUGGAAAAAAUUGCUGUCCAUAGCAGUUCACUGAUUUUUAGUCACUUAAUACUGUGGAUGUAACAGAAUAAGUAACAUGUGUACCUUUGCAUGCACGCAUCCAUGAAAGUAUAUUGGCUCUUUCAAAAUUCACCUUUGUGCUGUCACUAAAUUUGAAACUGUUUCUGGUGGGAAUGGUUCUGUUGACAAAAUAUAGUAUAUGUUGUGAUGGCUCCCUCUAGCAGAGAGAGCAGGGUGCUUGCAGCUUAGGUUUGUCAAGGUUUAAGUGAGAGCUACCAGUGACACCUUGAAUUUUGUUAAUACAAUACAGAGUACCAUUUUUAAAUGGCUGUAUAGCAUCCCUUUGAGGAACUUGCAUGGAAAGUGUCAUAGUGCAACCUUUUUAAGUGUUAAUACUCUUGCAAUAUGACUUCUGAAUCUUAUUUUUAUAUUGUUGAAUAAAGUAACCUUUUUGUUUCA